CGCGCCGCAGUGUCCUUGACAGACAACAAGAAGCCAAGAUGGCGGCCUCCGCAGUCCGGACUCUGGGCUCCAGUUUGGCCAAAAACCUCCGAGAGAUCCGCCUCCACCUCUGCCAGAGCUCUGCGGCCAGCCAGGGCGCCAGGGACUUUGUGGAGCAGAACUACGUGACUCUGAAGAAGGCCAACCCGGACUUCCCCAUCCUGAUCCGAGAGUGUUCUGGAGUCCAGGCCCGGCUCUGGGCCCGAUACGAUUUUGGGAAGGAGAGGAGCGUCUCUGUGGACAACAUGUCAGCGGACCAGGUGGCCGCCGCCCUGCAGACUCUGGCUCAGUCCAAACCUUAAGCCCGGUUCUGGUUCCACGUCCCAUUCUGCUGAGUCGGGUGUCUUUCUGUAAAUGUGUUGAUAUGAAUAAAGAUUCUGCUUCCACA